AUGAAUCCUGAAUAUGACUACCUGUUCAAACUUCUUCUGAUCGGAGACUCUGGAGUUGGGAAGUCGUGUCUGCUGCUUCGCUUUGCUGAUGACACUUACACUGAGAGUUACAUCUCCACCAUCGGAGUGGACUUUAAGAUCAGGACCAUCGACAUGGACGGGAAGACGGUGAAGCUACAGAUCUGGGACACAGCAGGUCAGGAGAGGUUUCGAACCAUCACCUCCAGCUACUACAGAGGAGCUCAUGGUAUCAUCAUCGUCUACGACGUCACAGAGCAGGAGUCCUUUAACAACGUGAAGCAGUGGUUGGACGAGAUCGAUCGUUACGCCUGUGAAAAUGUCUCCAGGCUGCUGGUGGGAAACAAGACGGACCUCAUCAGUAAGAAAGUGGUGGACGCCGCCACCGGGCAGGACCUGGCCUCGUCCCUGAAGAUCCCCUUCCUGGAGACGAGUGCUAAGAGCGCCGACAACGUGGAGAAGGCUUUCCUCACCAUGGCUUCUGAGAUACACAAACGUGUGGCCAGCGAGGGAGGGGGGAUGCAGGGGGACGCCAAAGAGGCCAGAUCCCAGAGCGCCAAGAUCAACAGCGCCCCCCUGUGGCUGGGAGGAGACAAACAGACGAAGGAGUCAAAUAACUGCUGCUGAGCGGGCGAUUAACACCGUGCUGACAUGAAACAUAUC